AUGGCCACCGACUACAGCAAGAAGACCAACGCUGAGCUUGUGGAGGUCCUCAAGGCCCGCUCUCUGCCCCAUACUGGAAAAAAGGCCGACCUGGUUGCCCGCAUCCAGGAGGACGACGAGAAGCAAGCCGGAGCACCUGCAGCUCCUGCCUCAAAGACCGACGCCGCAGAUGAUGUGAUCGACUGGGAUGACGAUGUUCCCACUGAGUCAACUAUCACCGAAAAGCCCACCACUGAGGCAAGUGCUCACGCCAUUGCUGCUGGCGGCAAGGGCGCUGUCGCCAACCCGGUUGCUGUGCCAAACCAGAAACUCGACAUCGAUCCUGCGACCACGGACGAGUUGAAGGUGGAAUCUGCCGGUGAGGUUGUCCCUGCCGCGACGGAGCCUGUUGAGGAGACCGAGAAGAAGCCUGCAGUUGAUUACACCCGUGGUCUGCCUGCAACUGAGCUGGAGGAGGAAUUGCGUAAGCGCAAGGCUCGUGCCGAGAAAUUCGGCAUCAUUGAGGAUAAGGCGACUGCAUUGGAAGAGGCUGAGAAGUCGCUUCAACGUGUGAAGCGCUUUGGUACUGGUGCCGAAGCCGAUAGCACUGCUAGCGCAGGCGUGAAAGGCCUUGAUCAGGCACUUCCAGAUGAGAAGUCGCGCAAGCGGGCCCGCAAUGACCAGGGAGGUCAGAGUAGCCAGGGUGGUCGUGGUGGUAAGCGUCGUGACCACGGUCGGAACCGCAACCGACGUGGAGACGAUCAGAACCGCCGUGGUGGCAACAAUGGAGCUAGCGCCUCGAGUGGACAGAAGAACAAGGAUACGCUGGCUAUGGAGGCGCGCAAGAAGCGGUUCGCGACUGCCGCUUAA